UGGAUUCUCGCUUCUGGAAAGUGCGUCGAAGACACCCUUUUCGAAUAUUGUAGACGACAGCCAGUUGAAUCACUCCUACAUUCAUGGAUUAUCGACCUUGAUGAUCAAGAAGCAAAUUCGUUAUUUACAAAUGAAGAAUGGAAUGAAAUACAGUGUGCUGUAAAAAUUUUGCCAGAGGUUGAUCAUACUUUUGCAAAUUCUAUGAUGCGAUUUUCAGAUGUUAAAACAGCAAGCGAUCUGAGACGAGUCUUAAAAACAACAUCCUUUUUAAAUGAGGAUGAACCUUAUGAUCGAGUAAAACAUUACGAUGCUGAAUGGGCCGAAAUCGUGAUGAGGAAGUUUCUUACGUAUUAUGAAGACCCUAACGAAACACUGCAAAAGCAACAUCACGAGUCCUGGUAUGACAUAAACGUGUGGUCGCUUAUCAUCGAUCACGGUCUCUGCAAUGUGAUUGGAAUGGAAACUGUCAGAAAAGAAUCGACAAAUGUAGCGGUAGCCACGCGGAAAAACCGAAAGAGGGCACGUACGUGUCGCAGAAAGCCAGAACGUAAAAAGAUGGGAUAUCGGAUGGAUGGAAUAUUCCGGAUGUACAUUAGUGAUGUUGAGUAUGGAGCGACUGAAGUGGCCAAGAAGUUUGAUGCAACCAAACUGCUGACCGAUGGGUUUAAACUGAUGAAAGCUAUGCAUGAUAUCUUUGUAUGCUUAAGUAAACAAGUUCAUUUCGAAGAGAAGAAA